AUGCUCUCAACUCCUUUCUUCUUCAACUUCCAUCCUCACCAAUUUGGCAAUCACAUUGAGGAUUUUUCAUCUCAUUUGCUCUUCGAGGCGACGGGCGACUCCGAGGCCGACUCCUUGGUCGGCCACGGAAGCUCGACCGUCUCGGUGGAGUUUAACGACGCUGAAUCUUGCACGGAUGACACUCCUGCUAUGCGUAACGAGGUCCAGAUGUAUGAAAACGAUGACGAUGACGAGAAUGAUGAGGAGGUCGAAAGCAAGCCAAUUGGAUUCAUGACAGAGUCAAGUGGUUCUAUUGAUUCAGCUGAGGAGUUCAAAAUGUUGAAUGAGGUGGAGAAAAACAGGUUGUUUUGGGAGACUUGUUUGGCUUCAUAA